AUGUCAUUCAAGCACAACAUUAAUAUUUGUUUUAUAAACUAUACACAUGGUCCAUCGCCAACUACAGCACCAAGGCCACCGGCGCCCACAACAACACCAAGGCAAUCACCGGCAACAACAGCACCAAGGCCAUUUCCGCAAACAACAGCAUCAAGGCCACCACCGCCAACAACAGCACCAAGGCCAACACUGGCAACAACAGCACCAAGGCCACCAACGCAAACAACAGCACCAAGGCCAUCACAUCCAACAACAGCACCAAGGUCACCACCACCAACAACAGCACUAAGGCCACCACCACAAACAACAGCACCAAGACCGAUUAUGCCAACAGCAGCACCAAGGCCACCUACGUCAACAACAGCCCCAAUUAAGGCCACCACCGCCCACAACAGCACUAAGACAACCACCGCCAACAACAGCACCAAGGCCACCAAUGGCAACAACAGCACCAAGGCCACCAAUGGCAACAACAGCACCAAGGCCAUCACUGCCAACAAAUGCACCAAAGCCACCACCGCCAACAACACCAAGGCCACCACCGCCAACAGUACCAAGGCCACCACCGCCAACAACAGCACCAAGACCACCACCGCCAACAACAGCACCAAGGCCACCACCGCCAACAACAGCACCAAGGCCAACAGCACCAAGGCCACCACCACCAACAACAGCACCAAGACCACCACCGCCAACAACAGCACCAAGGCCACCACCGCCAACAGUACCAAGGCCACCACCGCCAACAACAGCACCAAGGCCAUCACUGCCAACAACAGCACCAAGGCCACCAUCGCCAACAACAGCACCAAGGCCACCACCGCCAACAACAGCACAAAGGCCACCACCGCCAACAACAGCACCAAGGCCACCACUGCCAACAACAGCACCAAGGCCAUCACCACCAACAACAGCACCAAGAUCACCACCGCCCUCAACAGCACUAAGGCCACCAAUGCCCAUUACAGCACCAAGGCCACCACCUCCAACAACAGCACCAAGGCCACCACCACCAACAACAGCACUAAGGCCACCACUGGCAACAACAGCACCAAGGCCAUCACCGCCCACAACAGCACCAAGGCCACCACCACCAACAACAGCACUAAGGCCACCACCGCCCACAACAGCACCAAGACCACCACCGCCCACAACAACACCUAG